AGACAUUUCGACUGCAUCCGAUGCAAAUUCGUGGAAGGGUGAUUUGGUGCUGAAGUCUUUUACUGAAUAGCAUGCUGUAGUAUUUUAGUUGUAAUGGGAAACGUGUACACUGUUGGGCCAAACGAGGCCCUCGUCGUCUCCGGUGGCUGUUGUGGAUCGGCUCAGAAGCGAACUAUUGUUGGAGGAUGGGCGUGGGCUUGGUGGCUCGUUACCGACGUACAAAAGCUCUCGCUGGAGGUGAUGACGAUCACCCCGGUGUGCGAGCAUGUUGAGACCGCACAGGGCGUUCCACUGACCGUCACCGGUGUCGCACAGUGCAAAAUCAUCACUGCCUCUGAGCUUUUGCAAACUGCGUCAGAACAGUUCUUGGGGAAAUCUAUCCAGGAAAUCAUGGACACCGUCCUUCAGACUUUGGAAGGACACCUCCGUGCCAUUCUUGGUACCCUAACUGUGGAGGAAGUGUACAAAGAUCGGGAUCAGUUCGCUACACUUGUUCGCGAAGUUGCCGCACCUGACGUCGGCCGCAUGGGAAUCGAAAUCCUUUCUUUCACGAUUAAAGACAUAUUUGAUAACGUUGAUUACUUAUCGUCGCUAGGGAAGACUCAGACAGCUAACGUGAAACGUGACGCCGACGUUGGGGUAGCUCAAGCGAAUCGAGAUGCUGGGAUUCGUGAAGCGGAGUGCGAAAAAGCUGCUAUGGAUGUCAAAUGCUCCACUGAUGCUCGAAUUGAAGAUGCAACAAGAGGCCUGAAGGUCCGAAAAGCCGAGUUCGACACAGAAGUUGGUCGUGCGAAAGCAGAAGCGCAAUUAGCGUACAGCCUCCAAGCCGCCAAGAUCCAGCAGAAGAUCAGGAAUGAGGAAAUUCAAAUCCGCGUGGUGGAGCGUCGCAAGAUGAUUGAGGUGGAAGACCAGGAGAUCAAGCGCAAGGAAAAGGAGUUGAUGGGAACGGUGAAGCUGCCUGCAGAGGCUGAAUCCUACCGCAUGGAGCUGGUAGCUGAGGGCAAACGUGCUCAGACAGUUGCUGCAGCGAAAGCUGAGAGCGAGGCCAUCAGAUUGGUGGGAGCUGCGGAAGCGGAGAGCAUUGAGGCUGUCGGGAAAGCUGAGGCAGAGAGAAUGAGGAUGAAAGCUGCUGCUUACAAGCAGUACGGGGAUGCCGCCGUCAUGUCACUUGUGCUGGAGGCACUGCCUAAGAUUGCAGCUGAGGUGGCUGCCCCGCUGGCGAAAACUGAAGAGAUAGUGUUGAUCGGCGGUGAUGACCGUACGACCGCGGAGGUGAACAGGUUGGUCAGCCAAAUCCCACCUGCCGUCCACGCUUUGACCGGUGUUGACCUGUCCAAGGCUGUUGGAUCCUGGCUUGGAGGGACUCCGGUUCGAGCAGGAGGGGACUCCUGAAUCUCUCCAUAUUUCGCUCAAGCAUGCUACUUGUCCACGUUUGCGUUCAUAGUGCAUGUUCUUAUGUUGCUUAUGAUACUAGCGCCAAAAGAAAUAUCGAUUUUGUCAUUUUUCGACGUUCCUUUGUCGAUGAUUCGGCCGAAUUUCGUAUCGAUUUACUAAUUUGAGGGGCAAACCGACAAAUAUCUUACUCCACUCGGGGAAGAUUGCCCAUGCUUUGUUUUAAUCAGUGCGGAGGAUUAAUCCUGGACUGUUUGAUGGAAGGAUUGUGCUUUUUUUUUAAUAUUUUCGCAAAAUUUAAAUGACUGCCGGGACGUAUCGAGCUGAGCAGCAGAAAAUACUUGUUAGUACUGUAUUCAGGUUUAACGCUGAUUUACUUGGUACUUUUGCGUUGGUUCGUUCCUUUCUCUUUCGUAAUCUCGGUAGAAAAAAAGCUGUUUCACCUUUUUGUUGUUGUUACGAGAACCACUUGAAAUCGGCGCGUUUCGAAGUGUUUGAAGACAAAACCAGGAAGUUUGUGUUAUCUCACCAGGUUCUUCACAAAAUUCCGGGAGCGUCCUAGUUGCCAGGAGAUGCCAAAAAACGGAGGAGAAAUUAAAUCAAGCCUCAUCGUUCUAUAGUCAUGUUCCAUAUUAUGGGCUUUUUUUCGUUUCACAAGCUUCGAUCUCAAAUUGUGGAAUAUUUGUCUCGUGGGCAUUGUAGAAGCUUAUCUCUGGGGAUUCUCUGUAAGUACAGUACAGUUUUUGUCCGACUGCAAACAAGACGUUGAGUAUGAUGUGCCAGUGUUGUUCCGGUUGUCGCGGCCUACUCCUCCCAUGACGUUUUUGCUCCGGAACUUUGAAGCGCAGCUGUGUGUAGAAUGACGUGUGAUCUGUGUCCGCAAUCUUGAACAAAAUGUUUCUCUUUCUGCAAACUUGUAAUACUCUUAGAAGACGCAGCGAGUGCCUCUGAACGCUUGUCCGAAACCGAUGAUUGAUUUGUUUUGCUUUGCGAAAAGGUAUUUCUGGAACGAACGGGAGGUUUUUGCAGUCUUCGUACGUAAAGCAAAUGACUGCCGGAUACUCCUCGAAAGCUUCGUCAUCUUCACGAUGCAUUGUUCACUUGCAGUAUUUAAGCAACAAAAUCCUGGUACAGUAGUAGAAAUCAGUUGGUCUGCGUCGUAAGUUUCAUUUUCACCGCUUGAAUAAAUGUGAGAGGUCGCGCGGAAACGGAGCAAGUCUCGUAAGUAGAGAAAGCUUGUGUUUUGUGGGUGUUCGUGCGAGCAAUACAAGGUUAUUUUUGAGCAUUUUUCCAUGACAGAUCGGUUUUGUUAUGGUUCUUGCAUCUAUUGUUUUUCGGUUAUCCGACGCGACAAUAAAAUUAUUCCCUCUGGUCAAAUUGAGAA